AAGCUUCCAAGAACGGAGGAUUGACUUUGGAGUAUGCAAUUGCAUUCUUUCGUGACAGCUGGAAGCAGAAUAAUAUAGUUCCAUAGGUGCAGAAAAAUUAUAUGCAUUAGCUUCUCUACUGCGGCACUUCAUGGAAUGCACAUAAUAGUUAGGCGCCGUGCACAUGGGUGUUCGUUGCCAUUAACUAACAAAUGUCAGUUUCAAGGUUUCUCUUCAGUAACGGCAUCCUCUUGCACACCCCAGAUGCUCCUCCAGUCAAGGUCCUCCUUGAAGCUAAUCCAGGUGCUUACACAACCACACGGACUCAUGACCGUGGUUCCUACUUAUUAUUUUGGGAAAGACACAUGAAAAGACUUUCAGAAUCCAUACAUACUUUAUCAAACUUAGCUCCACAACUUCUAUUUAAAUCUGACAAAUCUACCAGUUCGUCACCAUCAUCAGUAAACUUACCAAUAUGGCAACCCACAGUUCAGAUGCUUGUUAAUGAUUCCAUUAGCAAGGUCUUACCAAUUGCAUUGAAAGAGAUAAAUGAUUGCCAAGAACUGGCUAUUACAACUCUUGUUUGUGGUAAUUUGGAUGCACUGAAUGCACAGAAGACUGUGGAAUGUGAAGAAAGAUUAAGUAAGACUCUUGAGGUGCAUGUUCAUGUUGAGACUUAUAUUCCCCCUUCAUUUGGUAUAAGGGAUAAUGGUGUAAAUCUGGCUUUGGUGGGCUGGGGGAGGAAUGUCGCAUCUGCAAAGUAUUCAGAUUGGGUAAGGUUGAGGCAGAGUCUGGAAAAGCUCAGGCCUCCUUCAGUGACUGAACUGUUGCUGUCAAAUGAUGGUGAUCAAGUGCUUGAAGGUUGUAUAACAAACUUCUUUGUUGUUUGCGGCAAGGAUACGAGCAAUGACAGUCACAGAAAUGGAAACUCUUUUCAAGUACAGACAGCUCCUAUCAGUGAUGGCGUCCUUCCAGGAAUUAUACGUCAAGUAGUGAUUGAAGUAUGUAGGAGCAAUGGAAUCCCAUUUCGUGAAGUUGCACCAUCAUGGUCAGAUCGUGAAGUGUGGGAGGAGGCAUUCAUCACAAAUAGCUUGAGGAUUUUGCAGCAUGUGGAUAGUGUUCAGGUUCCGACUGAUUGGCAAUCAGUCCAUUCCAAAACGUGGAAAGAUGUUUCAUGGGAAAAGAAGCAGUUUCAGGGGAGACCUGGGAAGAUCACUGCUAUAAUCCAGGAACUGAUUAUGGAGAGAGCAGCACAGGAAGGGUACGCAAGCAGUAACUUUAUGAAGUGUGAUCAAACUUCUGCUGGUAUGUAAUGGUAUUAGUAAUGCAAGAUGAGAGGAAUAAUCUUCAUUGUGAUUAGUAAAGUGGUAGAUGAAUAAUUGCUACGCCGAUAGUUCUUCCUCUCUGCUGUUUAUGGCUUGAAGCACAUUCUUGUAAUGAAGGAUCGAACCUGUGAUUGUUUUUCAUUUUAUCCAAAAGGAUAUUUAGUGUUGUUGUUGU